UGCUCGCUCACGUCUCUGUUCCCAACUACUCAAAGAAUUAAGUAAUCUGAGUGCUAAUGAUUUGACAUAUGAUAAUCCAUUAGCAAGUGGCAUUAUUUGUGAUGAAUCUGAAUUAGUCAAAAACCUGCCACAAGAUUGUCAAGAAGAAUUUCGGACGGGCAUCUUGGAAAUGAAGCUUGAUAGCAAUUCUGAUUUAAGACAAGCUUCUGAAAGUUUGGUAAAGAGCCAUCAAUCAUGGAAAAAGCAAAAGAAAAAACGUCCUUCGAGUAAGGCUCGUAAACAGUUACAUGGAAAUAAGCCAGAUUUCAUGCUACGUGUGAAAAUUGGCGACAAAGAACUCGAAUUAGUCAAUAUGGAAACAGAACGGCCAAAAUCGGAUUGGAAGAAACAAUUGUCUGACCAUAAUAAAUUGGCGCGUAGCGCUAAAGAUGCCUUUGAGGAUUUUUCUAUCAAUGGAAGUGUAAAAAAAUAUGGAUAUGAUGAAUUGACAAAGAUCUUUUGUCUUAACGUUAAAGGCAAGUGA